GAAAACUUUCGAAUUGUUGAAGAGGAGGAUAUUCAUCUCGGACAUUCUUUUACUCGAACCGCGGUCGCUCGCUUAGCUAGUUCCCGCUGCAAGGCGGUCCGUGCGGACCACCGAACGUCGUGCCGGAGCCCCGAUGGCGCCGUCAGACUCCGACUACGACCCGUCGACACCACCUCCUGCGCCAGCCAAACGUACCAGGAAGCGAACAGUAAAGGCGCUUGACGCCCUGCAGCAGCUCCCAACAACGAGAGCAGUACCGGGUCGACCUAUACAGAUAGAGGGCAGAGCCACGGCAUUGCCGCUACCGCAGAACGAUGAACCAAAUAGCACGCAGCAACACCCAGCGCACUAUGAACUACCGCCAUUUCCUACCAGACACGUGUCGAUCUCCUCCGAACGAGCUCCUAAGGGAGCCAGCGCCGGGAUAGGGGAGCUGGCAGAACUCAUCGCGAGCCUAAAAGAGACGAUAGCACAGCAGAACAACAUCAUCGGGAACCAGAACAAGAUCAUCGAGGACAUUCGAAGCAACCGCGCAACGUUCCAGGCAGAGCAGCAGCAUCUCAAAGACCAGAUUAUAGAGCUCCAAGAAACCAUCGGCUCUCUUCGAGCGCAGCUUAACACCCUUUCGAUCAAACCGCCGUCAACGCAGACAUGGGCGUCGGUCGCAGCCAGCGGACAACCAGCAAGAGCAGGCACAACACUUUCGCGAUUAAUAAGCACAGGCUCGACAGAUAAAAAGAAUAUAAGAUAGUUAGUAAUUAAUAUAAGCCGGGUAAAGGAUAAUACAGCAGAGAAGGUAGCUACUAUAGAGGCGGCUAAAUAAGCUAUCUAGCAAGGUAUAAAUAGGGUUAAAAAACUCGCGGGAACCACAGUUAAGGGGUUCCGCGUAUAGCGAGGAAAUAAAGGUAUAAAGACUAGCUUAAGCUAGCUUUACUAGGCGUAAGGCUAGUAGAGCCUAAGUAGUACCUAGUAAAGGCAGACUAGAUUAAAAUAGCACUAGUAAUAAACGCAGAGAGCGGUAAAGUAAGCAGGUUAGUAAUAGAAUAAUUUAGUACAGAGAAUAGAGUAAAGGUAUAUAUAAUAUAAUAGCUUAGGCAACUAAAACCUAGCAGAUAGCAUAUAUUAGUAGU